AUGGAGUCGGCUCUCUUUACCCCCCUCUCCGCCAUCGAGCAGCGUCUCAAUGCGCUAGUCACCUCCAUUAACUCGUCGCCCACUGCUGCUGGUGCGCCUGCCGCUGCGCUUGCCCUCCUCGACGCUGAUGACCAUCUGACCUCCGCUCUACACACCUUGCGCACCCACCAGGCGAACUACGCCAGAAUUCUGCAGCUGCGUGCAGAGGCGCAGAGCUUGGAGGACCGCGUUCGUGACAUUGUGCGGGAGGUGGCCAAGAUGGGUGACGAAAUUACUGCAAUGGCGGGCGACGUGAGCAGUGAUGAUGACCGACUAGAACCCAGUGGCGGCGGUCUAGGUAUCGGCGGCAAAGAUCAAGAUACACAUAUGGGCGGUACAGUGCUACAACAACAGUCGACUACAAAGAAUGAGAUCGACUACAAGUUGUUGUUGGACUUCGCACGACGCAUUAGCAAGUACAAUACAAAGGCAGCGUCCGCUGCGGCGUCCGGUUCCAUCCCUACAAGACAGCCGCUGGAGGAUAACCAGGAAAAUAACAUUGCCACAGGCGAUAUGGCAGCUAUCACCAAGCAUUCUACCUCCGGCUUGGAUGCCUUGGCCCGAUCGAUCCGGCAAGGCUGGAUGCUACCGUAUCCGCAUGAUGACAAAAUUCGCUUAGGCAUUAUGGGGAGGCUGCAAGCAGCGAUUGCAGCCAGUGAGGACCGUGACGAGAAAGACUUUGGGAAGGAGGUCGAAAAGAUCAUCCUUGCAGUGGAGAAAGGCGAGGGAAAUCAGGACUUGGCGAAUUCGGCUGUACCUCCCGACAAGGCGAUAAUGGGCAAUGGAAACGGAACCGUCAUAGGAACUGUUGUGAUGCCUGCUGCGAAUGUGGUCAAGCCUACCGCGGCGGCUAAGUCGAAGUUAGACCUGGAUCUGUAUGACCCGGACGAAGAUGACCCUUGA